CCUAAUUAACUUUUUUUUAAUUUAUAUUUUUCUACUUUGUAGAUAAUCUUAUGCUGAGAGUGGACGAGCGAGACUACCGGCCCAGAGAACAGGCGCGAUCCUGAGGUUGAUGCGUAAAUAAGCAAAAGAUGGGGCUGACGGCAGGGGCACUAGGAGCCGCUUCUGGACUCUUCGGGCUCAGCAAGCUAUGGUUCAUACCGACAUUCUUGGCCGCCCUCACUUAUUACAACUACGACCUCUACGAUCCCGAAAACCAGCCGAUAGAUGCCAAGAACAUCCAAGACGAGUACGACUUCAUCGUCAUCGGUGGUGGUUCUGCCGGAUCGGUCGUAUCUAGCAGAUUAUCGGAAAACAAGGAGUGGAGUGUACUGCUCUUAGAAGCAGGAGGACAAGAGUCGAUCCUCACCGAUGUUCCUGUACUCAGUCUGUACCUCCACGGUAGCAGGUACGAUUGGAAGUAUAAGACGGAACCUCAAGAUUCGGCAUGUCAGGCAAUGAUUAACAAAAGGUGUUGCUGGACCAGAGGCAAAGUGAUCGGUGGAAGCAGCGUCCUCAACACAAUGCUUUACAUAAGAGGGAACAGGCGUGACUUUGACAACUGGGAGAGGAUGGGGAAUCCUGGAUGGGGGUACGAAGACAUACUCCCGUACUUCAAGAAGAGUGAAGAUCAGAGGAACCCAUACCUAGCCAAGAACGACAGGUACCAUUCGACAGGAGGGCUCCUCACGAUCCAGGAUAGUCCAUGGAACACGCCUAUUGGUCUAGCCUUUCUUCAGGCAGGAGAAGAGAUGGGCUACGAUAUCGUGGACGUUAACGGUGAGCAACAGACAGGCUUCGCACUGUUCCAGUACACGAUGCGGAGGGGAAUGAGGUCUAGCGCUGCCAAAGCGUUCAUAAACCCUUUCCGCCUUAGGUCCAACUUUCACACGGCCCUCAACGCAUUCGCUACCAAGAUCAUAAUGGAUCCUCAGACGAAUAGGGCUGUAGCUGUGGAGUUUGUAAAGGAUGGUCAUCGCCGAGUCGUCAGGGCGAGGAAAGAGAUAAUCGUAUCGGGUGGAACGAUAAACUCUGCACAACUCCUCAUGCUAUCAGGUAUCGGGCCAGCCGAGCAUUUGUUGGAGCACGGGAUACAGCCACUCGUGGAUCUACCUGGAGUCGGUGGAAACGUGAUGGACCACAUAGCCGUUGGAGGGAUCGCCUUUCUCAUCGACUACCCGAUAAGCUUGGUUAUGAACCGUGUGGUCAACUUGAACACGGCGCUGCGUUACGCCAUUUCUGGAGACGGCCCUCUGACAUCCAGCUCAGGCAUCGAGACAGUAGGGUUCAUCACGACCAAGUACGGAAAUCAAUCUGACGACUGGCCAGAUAUCGAGUUCAUGCUUACAUCGACAAGCACACCAUCCGACGGAGGAACCAACGUCCGCCGCGCCCACUGCCUUACAGAUUCCUUCUACAACGAAGUAUUUAAAGAAAUCAACAAUCAUGAUUUAUUCGGCGUAUUCCCCAUGAUGUUGCGACCGAAGAGCAGGGGGAGCAUCCGGCUCAGAAGUAAAAAUCCAUACCACUAUCCACUAAUAUACCAUAAUUAUUUGACGCAUCCGGACGAUGUGAGAGUGCUGAGGGAAGGAGUAAAGGCAAGCCUAGCCUUCGCAGAGACCCAGGCGAUGAAAAGGUUUGGUGCACGCUACCACAGCAAACCUUUACCCAACUGCAAGCAUUAUCCGCUGUAUACUGAUGAAUAUUGGGACUGCUACGUGAGGCAGUACACAAUGACCAUUUAUCACAUGUCAGGUUCGUGCAAAAUGGGGCCAAUUACGGAUCCAUACGCUGUCGUUGACCCUACGCUAAGAGUUUACGGAACACAAGGGCUAAGAGUGAUAGAUGCAUCCAUAAUGCCUCAGAUAACGAGUGGAAACAUCAACGCUCCUGUCAUCAUGAUUGGUGAAAAGGGUGCAGAUAUGAUAACAAAGUACUGGAAAGGAUAUGAAAAAAGGAGAAAAAGAUCAGCGAAUGAAACUAAUGUUUAGAAGCGUAAUAAAUUAUUAGUCAUACCGUAAUCGAAAAAAAAGAAAGAAAAAAAAAAAGUACAUUCCGACAUUGAAGCCAGAGGUUCCAUUUUUUAAUAUUUCAAAGAUGGAAUCAAUUUAAAGUAAUCAAACACAGUUAAAGUUAGGAUUAAUUACUUAUACUGAUCGCCAUUUAUUAUUUUCGAAUAAUAAAUUUGAAAGGUCUGUUAUCUGUUAUGCGGCGUAACAAAAAAAGCCAUAGAAGAUUAAAAGAGGGUUAUGUAUAUUUAUUUUUUUAUAAUGUGAAAAAGAUACAUAUAAUAACCGUUGCAACAGGAAGUUGUAGGAUGAAUCAAUGAAAAAUAACUAUUCGUUCAUGUAUUUAUAUAAAAACAUGAAUCUAUAAAUCUAUAAAACUAAAGUCAAUACACUGGCGAUAUUCGUUAUGCACGUUUUCAUUACCAAAUGACAUAGUAUCGAUGAAGGAGUCUGGUGGCCAAACUCAAUAAAAUCAAUUUUAAAUAUACAAUCUAAGCGCUGGCAAGUUGAAACAAUUUGAAAAAAAAAUUAGUCAAUUAUUAAAAGGAAGUCAUGCUUAGUAUUAUCAGCCAAGUAAUAUGAAAAUAUAAUUUUAUAAGGAGGUUUGGAUUUUGAAAUUACAACAAAUUC